CAGAAAGCUGCAGCAUCCUCCACUCUGCAUCACCAGAAAUCAGCAGAAACAGAAUCAAUCAAAACAGCAGCACGAUGAGCCCCAGCCUGCAGCUCCCUGUGGACUAGCACCAGAUCGCGCCCUGCCUUUAGCUUUCCUUCAACACUUCCUGUUCACCGCCUCACGGCCACCACCAGCAACAGCAUGGAGUCCAAGCAGCCAAUCAGCGAGCAUCAUGAAGGGAUGAGCGACCACGCCGCCGUGACCUCUCAACCACCCCCGGCAGCAGAUGCUUCAGCAGCCAAUCAAACGGACAAUAUGGCCCACCUGUCCGUCAUCGACAACGCGGAGACCAAUAACGGCCUGGGUCAUGCGAUGGGGGACGCGUCUCCCACGGUGUCCUCAGUGUCGCCCAAGCUCCACGCGGUGGGCGGCCAUGCUAAUGGCCGGCCCGGUCUGAGCAGCCGUUCGGGGUCCAUGGCGGGCUCCCCCCGGCCCUCCCUCACCCGCCGGCCCAGCGGCAUCACGGAGGCUGCUGUGGACGGGUCCAAGCCCCGCGACUACCUGUUCCUCGCCAUCCUGUCCUGCUUCUGCCCGCUGUGGCCCAUCAACAUCGUAGCCCUCACCUUCUCUGUCAUGUCCCGGAACAGUCUGCAGCAGGGCAACGUGGACGGAGCUCGCCGUUUAGGCCGCAAUGCCAUGAUUCUGUCUGUGGUCGCCAUCUUGGGAGGGAUCGCCAUCAUCGCCGCGGCCAUCGCCCUCAACUGGGGAUUAAUUUUAAAAUCCUGAUCAAAAAAUAAUAAUAAUGGCGACACACCGACUGCACGACAACAUCCGUCCGACACGACUCCGUUUCCCCUCCCCGAACUUCCUGAAUCGUUUUCUCCAGCGCCUGCACCAGAUGAAAAACUAAAUCUGUUCCCUGCUAUUGUUUUCUUGCUGCACGACGACGACGAGCAUGGACACUCCCCCGACACCCACGCCUCGAUUUGGAUUAGGAGAAAAGUGUGGGUCACCUGAUGUUCAUCUCACCCUGUGGUCCACAGGGACAUCUGGGAUAUAUGAGCCUCCAUGCAACAAGUCCAGCGAUGGUGCAAACCUUCUGAUUUUUUAUGCCAAAUAUUUGAAGACUUGGUGUUGUUGGUGAACUGAAAGAGGGAAUGCUGCUGCUGAUGGUCCGGCAUGAACAUGAAGACCAACUGUAAGAGUAUUUAUAGAGAGAGAGAGACUCGUGUUUCAUCAUCCAGAUCUUCCUGCUGCUGUUCAUGGUGCACAAACAUAAAGUCGACACACUCAUAGAGAGUCCUGACGUCACAACUUAGCAGCUGUUUACUAAAACAACGUUCACGUUUUCUUCUCUUUCUGUAUUCCAAUAUAAAGGAAACUGCUAUCUAAUACAGUUAUAGGCCUAUUCAAAUAUAUACCAUUAGUUGUUUCAACAAAGUGAAAGGAUAAAGAGGGAGUUAUCCCCCAUACGGCGUCAUGCAGAGACCCAAACACAAAUCCUUAAAAACACAAAUAUAUAAUAAAGUAUGAGUAAAGUGUAUGAGAAAAAAAACUGCAUGUGAUAUUUUGCGAAAAGCGUUUUCUCCAAAAGAUAUCCAGGAAAUGAUUUCAAUUGAAAGUUGAUUGAUCAGUCUUGAUCAGAAACAAGUUGGUUCGUUUUAGGUGAAGGGUGUAAAAUAACAGAAGUUUUGAUAACAAAUAAAUGAACAUUGACUUCUGGUUUACAAGGGACAAAAAUGACUGUGCAUUAUUCAUACCAACGGCCACAAACAGUGUUUGGGAAAAGCCAUUUUGGGUUUGUAGAUUAUUUUCUAUUUGACGUUUUACAUCUUUUCAUUGGAGUUUUCUGCUUUCUUGUUGACGUUUUGCGUCUCUUUGUUGGCGUUUUAUGUUUCUUCUUUGGCUUUCUACGUAUAUUUGUUGAGGUCUUGAGUCACUUUGUGGCCAUUUUGCGUCUCUUUAUGGACAAUUUGUAUCACUUUGUCUGUAUUUUACGUCUCUUUGUUGGCGUUUUAAAUCUUCUUGUUGAUAUUGUUUUUCUUUAUUGAUGAUUUGCGUCUCUUUAUUGAUGAUUUGCGUCUUUGUUGAUGAUUUGCGUCUCUUUGUUGAUGAUUUGCGUCUCUUUGUUGAUGAUUUGCGUCUCUUUGUUGGCGAUUUAAACCUUUUUGUUGGCGUUCACAUCUCUUUGUUGCAUUUGCAUCCCCUAUUAUUUCCACGCAUUCACAUACAAGGGUAUGUUAAUUCCAAAAAAGUUAUUCUUCAUUUUACGUGCAUUCUCCUACAAAUGUCCAGUAAAACAAACCGCUUGUUACAUACAUUUGGUACUCAAAGUAAAAAAAGGAAUGGUUAGGUUGAGGAAAAGAUUGUGAUUUGGGUGAAAAUAACUAAUGGAAGUGGUGUUACAUGACUAUGGAAGUUACGUUUACAAUUAAAUCAACUUUGACUUCUGGUCCACCCCGACCUCCUUACCAGGAGGACUUUGUCAAUAUUGCAAAUUAAUUUUCUGGGAAACUAACCAAUUACAGUGCAUUACUUUUUGUAUGUAUAGAUACAAACAGCAACGCUGUGGCAAACACAGCUGUUGUUUCUGUUUCUUUAAAUGUUUGUGUGCUAAUUGUGAACUGGGUGGGGGCUUUGAGGAAAUAGGCUGUUGUUAUGGAUCUAAAUCAUCUCUUAUAACCUGUGCAUGUUUACAGUAUGUAUAACAGAAUGCUUUUACAUAAUACCGUAGCCUCAUUUAGCAGGAGCGCUAACUGAGCAGCACUUUGUAAAUACAUAAUACGGGAAUUGUGUUAUGUCUACCUGGUGUAGAGAGGUGCAGGAAUUACUUAUUUGAGUAGUACAAACCUUGAAUUGAGCAUUUCCCUGGUUCCUUCCACAAAGAGCUAAUUGGAUCUUUUCAUUGGAUUGUGGAAUAUUCCAGAAACAAAUAUCUGUGGAAAACCUACAUUUAGGAUACCUACACUUUUUUGUUCGAAAGGAUAAUCUCCACAUAUUAAUAGAAAUGGAAAUUCAAUCUCCAGAAGAAAAUGUUAUAAACAAACUACAGCACGGUCACUUGACAUCACCAGCGCCAAGCUAAAGGUGGCUAACGUUCGGCUGGACCAGCGCCAAGCUAAAGGUGGCUAAUGUUCGGCUAGAUGACAUUUAGUAGUCUCAUCCAGCCACCUGUUAGCAACCGCGGUUUCAAAGACACAACGAAUCUUCAGAUAUUGACGAGUAGGUUAUAUAAUGACGCAUUUAAAGUUGUAAGACUAAACGGUAAAAUCUCUUUCGCAUUUUUGAACCACAAACCUUAUUUCAGGGUUCUGACCAAAUGAACUUCCAGAGAAGGGAUCAGGAAGUGCUAGAAUGCUAACUCAUUUCAGGGUUUGAGGACUCAUUCCUGCAGCACGCUAUUGAUAUCCAAAUGUUUUCUCUUCCUUACGGAUGUAACUGACCAACAAAUAAAUCCCCACCAAGAUUGCACAAGAGGGAUUUUUUUAAAAGAAGGAAGCAGAUAAAUGUUGAACUUUGCACCAAUCAGACGGUGUCUCUGCGUAGAGGUGAGGUCUGAUAAGGUCAGGUUGGGGGAGGAAGGUAAAGUUGCCUCACACCUUCACACUGUAUGUAGCAUGUUUACUAACCACAUUAUGCAAAACAACGGUCCCGGCUUGAUUGUCAGUACGAAUGCUAGCUUCCCUCAGUUUAUUGUGUACUUGUACACGGUUUUGUAUGGACUUUGCUUGCGCUACCUCUCAGAGUUGCCUACAGUGUUUUAUCACGUUGUUCCACUGAUUUUAACCGACUGUUAAAUCUAUUUGUGUUCCUUUUUUCACUUACUAACAUACUAAUAAUGGUAUUAACAUGAAGGGUGUUAAAUGUGAACACAUUCCCAGAAAUCUGUAAUUCAACUGGUACAAUUUCUGUGAGUGAACAAUAUAUGUAUAAAUAUAUAUAUAACAUCUAAUUUUACACGUGAAAUGAACAGUUCUGAGGAAGAUUUUCAGCAUGUAUCAUUUGUUUUGUUCCUUAUUGGCCAUUUUCCAAAAAGGAUGCACAUUCAAUUUCCAAAUGACAUACAAAUAAUAAUCAUAUUUACUUUUUAAAGUAUUAACCCUUAGAUGCAUAAGUGGGUCUUUUUUGACCUGGUGAGGUGGUUUUCUUGAAGUAUCUUUGUAAUUACAUUUUUUGUAUCAUUUCAUAUUCCAGCUAUUCCUCAAAAAACAUG